CCAUGCAGAGCGGUCGGUAGAGUAAGGAUCGCUUCUGAAAGUCUGAUCUAUUGCGGUGGUAUAUAUGAGGAAGUGUAAAUAGACCGUUAUGAAUCCUCUACUCAUUGUCAUUCUUGCAAUUGGAUUAUUCCAGAGAGAUGCGUUAUGCUAUCCCACAAAAAAUGAGUUCGAAGAUAAGAUUGUAGUCCUUAAAAAUGAAGAGAUGCUCCCAACGAUUUUGGACUGUCCCUAUGAAGUCGAGGAGAACCCGACGGGUCUUACCGUGAAGUGGUUCAGAGAUGGAAAAACCAUGUACCAGUGGCUCUUUGGUCAAAUUCCACAUGCAUUUCCGGAUUUCGUAAACGAGAUAGAUAUUUCGUAUGAGGGCUCUACGGACCCAUACAAGCAGUACAGCUCGCUGGCCCUUAUAAAUCCCACAAUAGGAACUACUGGAAACUACAAGUGUUUGGUUCACACCCAGAAACAAAUACAGACCAGUAACCAGAGGGUACAGGUUAUCGAUGUGAGGAACUACACCUUAGAGCUGAACCACAAUAAGAUCCACAACGAAACCCAGCUGAAGUGCACCGUGACCAAUGUUUAUCCCAGACCAUCUAUCACGAUCGUAUCAAACGAUCAGGACGUUGUGAAGAGGGAGCCCGCCAAUGUGGAGGAGAACGAGGAAGGAUACUUCAAUGGGACGGCGGUUGUGGCAGUGUAUGACACAGAUGAUGAUCCCGAUGCCUAUCAGUGCUUUGUUUCCUUCGAAGGUUACUCUGAGAACCUGACCACAAUCGCCACAUCCGCAUCGGCGGGAGUUAGCCACGUCGACUUCAACCUAUGGCUGUUUUGUUUUCUGUACUACUUGCUCUCCAAGUUGGGCAUCUUAAAUUAAAUAAAAACGUUGUUAUUUAUUGUUACUAAAAUUAUAUUUAUUGAAUUCUGUUUGCCAUUCAACUAUCUUUUCUAAGCCCUUUCGGCUUACUUAGCCAUUUUGUAAAUAAAUACGAUGACUUCACAAAACCAA